AAAGACCUCAUGAUGAUGCAAUUGAACUAGAUUUCACACUUUUCACACUUGCUCCACCAGACCCUAAAGUGCCUAGAGUGGAGCUGGAAAGUAUUUAUCCAUCUAAUUCAGGAACUAGAAGAUCUCCAGAAAGGACUGGGGCAAAAGUGCGAGUACCCCCACCAGAACGUAAACGAAACACCCUGAAGAGCAUCGCUCAGGUGGAAUUUUUUUCCUGCAAAUGCACCAUAUAUUGGAGGGACUGGAAAGCAGAGGAUGCAUGAUAAUUCGUUGUCAUUGUCUCCUAUAUUCUGCAAGAUAAGUGACAUUCAUAACAGUGGUUCAUUAUUUAAAUAUAGCCUGCUUGAUGUUAGAUUUAUAAACCUUUUGAACGUAUCUGGAUAGCAUGAACCAAAUUUCAUAUCAUUGUAUUUAGUAUGUUCUUCUACUGAAAUCAAGUCGAUGAAUUCAGUUUGAUACUGAUCAUAUCUGAUUUUUUGUUUCAGCUCAAAGACCUGCUGCUGCAAUGGCAACUCCAACCGGGCUGUUCCUACUUCCCCAAACCCCUCAAACCCCACAGAAGAGGAACAACCAAUUGUCCACUAGAACUCCCAUUGCUGCUAGCUCUAGGAUGCCAGCUCAGCCUAAGUUACAAAUAUUGACCACACCUGGAAGUGCCAGAAGCAAAAUAAUGGCUAGCUGGUCCAGCAGUUCAGUUCAAACUCCUCAACUGAAUUCUAGAGUGAAGGAUACAAGUCUUCAAGCUCGUUAUGAGAAGGGAAUGUUGCAAGGCUUGAAGGUUAUGGAGUUGAAGGCCUUCCUAUCAGGAAAAAUUAAAAGAGUCUCUGGUCUUAAUAAGACCCAGCUCUGUGAGGAAGUUGAAAAGUACUAUGUAUCAUUUGACUCUGCAUGAUAAAAAUUUGUAUUUGUUGUUGUUUAUUUUUCUAGUAAUAUAAUUGCCUGAAAUACUCA